AUGCAGCCAAAAGAACUGCAGCUGUCACACCAGUGUCCUGAAAGACGACCUGCAGCCUUUCAGAAAUGGUAUAUCAAAGGAGCUGAUGCUGAACACGGUGCAGCGAGGUGUGGGAACACAUUACCAGGUUAUUGGGCACAAGCUCUACCGAGAACAGGACUGCAUGUUCCCGGCAAGGUGCAGUGGAGUGGAGCAUUUUAUCCUGGAAGCAGCCGCAGGAACGUCCUGUAUCCGUUUAUGCACCACAUCCCCCGUAUCCCUUGGUUCUUGGAAGACAAGGUAGACAAGAACGAGAUGCCGAUGGUGACCACUGACAUUUUCUUCAAGGAGCUACCACACACACAAGGACCCAACACGGGUCCACCUGUGCGGAGUGUUCGGCCUUCCGAGACCAACAUAUUUGUCAGGACUCCUGUCCUGUGGCCGCAUAUUCCUAUGAAAUAUCCAGCCACAGAACAGGAGUCCUGA